AUGAACAAUAACAAUGAUAACGGUGUUAGACCAAGUAACCUUGAUUCAUUUGUGGGUCAAGAUGAGUUGAUCGGCGAGAAAGGAAUUCUAAGAAAUUUAAUAUUACUAGACAAAAUACCUGGAACUGGAAAAACCACACUUGCAAGAAUAAUUGCAAAUACGACAAAUUCUGUAUUUAAAGAAUUUUCUGGAACUUCUCAUGCUUUUGAUGAGGCAAAGAAUGAGCAAAAGUUGUUAGGACAUCGUACUAUAAUAUUUUUGGAUGAAAUUCAUCGAUUUAAUAAGGCUCAACAAGAUUUAUUUCUUCCUUAUAUAGAAUCUGGUUCGGUCACUUUAAUAGGAGCCACAACUGAAAAUCCUUCAUUUAAGAUAAAUUCCGCACUUCUCAAUGAUGAAUCAUUGAAGUUUUUAGCAGUAAUUAGUGAUGGUGAUGCUAGAGUUGCGCUUAAUGCACUUGAGGUUGCUUUAAAUAUGAGUAAACGUGAACCAAGAAGAACAAAAUUAAACAAAGAUGAUAUUAAAAAAAUAUUUCAAAAAUCUCAUUUAUUAUAUGAUAAAGACGGCGAAGAACACUAUAAUAUAAUUAGUGCACUUCAUAAAAGUAUGCGUGGAAGCGAUCCUAAUGCAAGUUUAUAUUGGUUGGGCCGUAUGUUAACAGCAGGAGAAGAUCCAUUGUAUAUAGCUAGAAGAUUAAUCGUAUUUGCUUCUGAAGACGUUGGACUUGCGGAUAACAGUGCUUUACCUUUGGCUAUCUCAACUUAUCAAGCAUGUCAAUUCAUAGGAAUGCCAGAAUGUGAAAUAAAUUUGGCUCAUUGCGUUGUUUAUUUGGCUGAAGCAAAGAAAAGCAUUAGAUCUUAUAAGGCUUAUAAACUUGUAAAAGAAUAUGCUUAUCCUGUUCCAUUACAUAUUAGAAAUGCACCUACUGGACUAAUGAAGGAACUUGGAUAUGGGGAAGGUUAUAAAUAUAAUCCUGGCUAUGAAGGUCCUGUUUAUCAAGAAUAUCUUCCGCUAGAAUUAAAAAAUAAAGUAUUUCUUGAUGUUGAGGGAGAAAAAAAAUCAUUUGAUAAAAGGUUUAAAAUUCAACUUGCUGCUGCUAAAUUGAUUCAUUCGGUAGAUGAUAAUCCUCGAUAUGUUGAAUAUUUAUCAAAACCACUUGGAUAUUCUGAGGAUCAUAAAAAUAAUGAAUGGGAGGAACCAUUGAUGCUGAAAUAUUAUGCAAUAGUUACAGUAAUGGUAGAAGCAAUGAAUGAAUGGUAA